GCCCAACACACACGAGCGCCGCGCGAGCGUUCACAUCUCUCCAAACACCGCUGCCAGCCGCUUUAAAGUUACACUCCGACCGCAGAUAGGCGUUUUAUCGCGGGCUACGUUUUAUUUACGUGCCAUGCUUCAGUUACUAACUCGUUACUGAAAUUUGAACCGUUGAAUUCAGCCAACACAAACGAAGUGGAGCGCCUACAGCGACACAUUUGAGCCUUAUGAAGAUUGUUGAGGUCCCACCGUCAGGGCCGUGCGUCACAGGCCGUGAUGUGGGUAGAGUGUAAGGUGCUGGAGGCCGGCUGUGGAGGCAGAAGGAGGUCCCUGCGAUCAACGGUCAUGAGACUCCCCUGCUCCUUUUGGUUCCUGCUGCUGUUAGGCGCUGGAGGUCUUCUUCUGCUGCACCUACAGGACCUCACAGAGACACUCCUGCAACAAAACCAAGGUGCAAAGGUCAUAUUCCACCAAGAACAGGCCAUAAGAAAGGAACCGUGUCCUUAUUGUCCUGACAAUGACAGACAUUCUGAUCCAACAGAAGACAACUUUCCUAAACCUGCACAACCGGUGCAGCUUCCAGUCUUCCCAUGGGUCCAGCGUUCCUCUCUAAUCAACCCCAAAGACAUCACUGCUGCCCAUGUCACGAAGAGCCACCGUAAGCUCCUCCUUAAGAGCGGCCCGCUUGUCCAGCAGCUUAAUGCUGACCCUCCUGGCCAGAUCAAGGAGAACCCAGAGCGAAUGACUCAGGUGCAGCUGUCCCGCCAGAGGCUGAUGAGGGAGGUCUGUGCCAAAUACACAAGCGGAACAACCAAACAGACUAUAACCCGAAUGCAUGUGUCCCGUAUCUUUGUGGAGGACAAGCACAAACUCCUCUACUGUGAGGUGCCCAAGGCGGGCUGCUCCAACUGGAAGAGGGUGCUCAUGGUGCUUCAAGGUCUCGCUUCUUCCACUGGAGAGAUCCAACAUGACGAGGUGCAUUAUGGGAAUCAUCUCAAGCGUCUAGACUCGUUCGAUCAAAAGGGCAUCAUUCGUCGUCUGAAGACCUACACCAAAGUCCUCUUCCUGAGGGAACCUUUCGAAAGGCUAGUGUCUGCUUUUCGGGACAAGUUCGAAAGUCCAAACUCAUACUACCACCCAGUGUUCGGGAAGCCCAUCAUAUCGAAGUACCGCAGUAAUGCGACGCAGUACGCCUUGCGCACGGGAGCGGGCGUGACCUUCAAGGAAUUCAUCCAGUAUCUGUUAGAUGUGCAUCGGCCGGUUGGCAUGGACAUCCACUGGGAGCCCGUAGGACAUCUUUGCAGUCCCUGCUUGCUGGACUAUGAUUUCAUUGGGAAAUUUGAGACUCUAGAGGAAGAAGCCAAUUUCCUUUUGAGACGUAUCGGAGCUCCUAGCAAUUUAACAUUCCCUAGUUUUAAAGACAGGAACCCUAAUGCAGAAAGGACAUCUUUGGACAUCACAAGGAGAUAUUUUGCACAACUAAAUGUGACGGAGAGACAAAGGGCGUAUGACUUUUACUACAUGGACUAUCUGAUGUUCAACUAUUCCAAACCGUUUAAAGAUUUAUACUGAGGGU